AUGGAUAUCAAUAAACAGAAAACACUACUACCACAACAACAACAACCUCAACAAAGGAUUGUAAAGGCAAAGACUGAACCACCUGGUUCACCAAAACCAUAUAUCCAGGAGGAUGAUGAUGAUGAUGAAGAAGACAAUGACAAUGACAAUGGCAAUGGCAAUGAAGAGAACGAGAAUGAAGAAGAAGAGGAUGAAGACGACGAAGUCGAUGACACAGACUCUGAGAAUGAAGAGAUAUACCUAAAGAGAGAACCAUUAUCAACAUCAACAUUAUCAUCAGCUGCCGUAGUAGCCUCUUCAUCCGACUCACCAGCAACAACCACCACCACAACAACAACAACAACUACAACAACAUCAUCAUCAAAUUCGAACACAUCAUCAACAUCAAUGGCAUUAGUAACUCAAAAACAGUUCCGUCCUUGCAAGGGAAGGAUAACUGUACCGCCUGCAGACUGGGUCAACCCCGAGCUGCACAACCCAUCGUGUAGAGCACGCUGUUCAAAGUGCCACAGAAAGAAGCCGUCGCUACAGCGCUGGUUGCCCAAGAAGUGGCGAGUCAUACAUCGCAACAUAUGCACGGGGCCCUGCACUGGAGACUGCGAGCCCGAGGCUCGCGCCAGGUUUCAUUCAAACAACCAGCAGGAGGCACACUCAUUGCUGUCUCCACAAUUGCCCUCACCAACACAGCAACCAGAGACACUGCUUCAGCUCGAGCUGCCGCCACCCGUGCCACAGUCGUCUUCAGAGGAGCAGCUACAACUACUGCCGGCGCCCGAGCCAAUUCGACCGCUGCCACUGAUAAUGACGCGUCCAAGACGCAGCACGGCGGCAUACUCCACUGGCGUUCAAAACAACAACCAAAAGAGAAGAGCGACGACUGGUUCAUCAAGCAGCUCGUCUGCCACACGCGACUUGCUGGAGCUACCAGUCCAACAGCCAAUAUUUUACCCGGAACCCUCACCAGAGCUCGAGUCAUUGGUCACGAUCAAGGACCAUCAGGACUUGAUCGAAUCACAUAAUCAACACAUCGAUUCAAUGCUCAAGGUGCGCGACGAGGCAAUGGCGCGAAGAGAUUCACUCAAGCGACUGAUUGAUCAUAAUGUGUGCACUGUGGAGGACGUCAUGCGAUUCACGCCAUCAAUGCUACAAUAUGUUCAGACUGAGAUUAGGAGGACAAGACAGAGGACUGGUCAACCCACAACCGCCAGCGCUGGCGGCAGCAGUAGCAGCAGUAGUAGUAGCAAUGGUGGUACAUCAUCAUCAACUCGAUUUGCGCCUCCUGACGACAUUCACAUCAUAUUUAAUAGUAGCUCGAACGUUCAUUAG